UAGCGCGGAAAGAUGGGAAAUAUUUAGAUCUAGUAUUGAUGCUUAAAUUAAGGGCAAUUCUGCUUGAGCCUCAUGAGAGGUAUUCAUUGGUCGGAAUGAUUGAUCCUCCGACUUACGCGGCUUCCCCGCAAUUCGCGCAACCAGGCAUCAGCUAACAAGAGCAUCUGACCUCGAAACACCAAGAGAAACAAAGUCCCUCUUGUUUCUAUCCUCGCGAUCCCUCCGAGACAAAUCGCUGUUGCGCUGUCGAAAAGAUGAAACUACAGACGGUGCUCCAGGCGCUAUUGAUUGCUGGAGUCUCUGGGGAACCCUUGACUAACUCGACCCACGAUGUCAGCGAUGCUUCGAGCGGAGACGAUGACCCGAGCAUAUUGAAGAAUCGUGGGGGCUGGGUGAAUCCGGAAGACUUGGCACCGAUGCCACAGUGCAUCGCUCAACAGGAUCAGUCCGCUUGGCUGGAUGCCAUGACGAAGUGCACUCGCCAUCGCUGCACUUCGUACUUUAUCUUCUGCACGCACUAUCAGUGGCUUACUCACCUGGGCUGUCUGAGCGAUGAGUUCUCGCCCAGCGUUGUCAAAGGCUACAUCAAGUACUGCAGCAGAUCUGUCCUCGCAAAGGCACAACUUCAUCAUUGGGUUCAGGCUAUGACUGGUCGGAACUGGCUCGUCGAGGUUGGGGACACAAAUGCAUUGCAGAGUCUAUCGCCCAAGAGCCUGACAGAUGGAUACGCAACCAUCGACGUCGCCAACAAAGCACCAGGAUGCCUACGAGAGUCGUUCUCUGCAGGGACGAAAGAGACAUUCGACCAUGUCAUCGGUUCCUGCAGCUUCACAGCCACGACACAACAUACUGGAAAUGCAGGCCGACCAUGGGAGUACAACGGCGGGCGGAACUCUAUGACAUCUCUUAGUUUCGAUACUGUAGGCUACCAGCUAACAAAAACUCUCAUACCGCACGGCGAGUACUUCGAUAAAGCCUGUUUUUGCAACACUUUUGCUAUGGACCAGCACGAAGAACCAUGCUCGACAUCUGGCGCGAAGGAUCUGGAGAUUCAGCGGCGAUGGAUGAACGAAACUUGCGGAUAUACCUGGCAUGAACCAGCGCGACUUCAACCUCGUGAUAUGAUCCCAUGGCGAUGGAGGAUCUAUCCUAAGUCCUCCGAAGACGAUGCAACAUGCCCUUCCCACGAGUGGAAACUCAUGAGUAUCGGAUUCAUCAACCUAGUAACGCUAUUUGCUGUCUUGCAUGCCAGGGGCCGAAAUAGUAGAGGUGCUAACAGUCCCCGUUCGCUGCACUACGAUUCGGCACGCUGGAUUUUGGGGGGAAUUCUUCUUGCAAGCAUUCACUUCCUUGGUAAUUUGGCCAACGUGAAUAUCGUCCAGAGAACUCCUGGGUACGAGGCAGUUCCUGUCCUACAGCUCACGCUGCUUUGGUGUUCACUUCCUCGCCUCAGCUGGCUCCCGAUCUCAUCGCAUGGUACUAAAGGAUCUGGAUCUCAAGAUAUGACGUCCUCGAUGUCUGCCAUGUUUGCAGAGGUGAUCCUUCAGGCCUUUUCAUUCUAUCACAUUUGUGUGACAGUCAACUAUGGUCGCGUGCACGACUUCUAUUUCGGAGGUUUGGCAGGCGCGAAAAGAUCACCUUUUGCUGCGGUUAUGUAUGGCGGUGCACUCGUAUGGCUGUUCGUUGUGGCGAUGAUGGCCGUGCCGUUCAUCCGCACUCUCCGAACUCCUUAUAAAGCCAAGGCGCCCGAUGAAAAGACAGACAGUGCCCCUACUACCAAUGAGGGGAAAUGCACCGUAUCUCAGGACGACGACGCAGACAUCCGAGAAAGUCUACUGUCGAAGCGACCAUCCGUGAAUAGCGGACAUCGUAGUUAUGGAACUCUUCCAGCCGAGGUCGAGUCUCUUGAUCCACCCAUGAAACGUCAUUCACAACUACAUAUGGUUCUGGCCACGGGAGUACCUGUGCUUUGGCUUGCACAAUGGCUAUUCUGGAUUGGAUUUAUCGGAUUGAGCUCUGAUGACUUCUGUCUUCCGUCGCUGGAGAUUCUUACGGGUGUUUGGUUGGCUUCGUCCUUGGGAAACGUCAUUAUUAGAUCGUAUUUGUAGAUAGCGAGCGUAAAUGGCGCAUGAUUUUGAUAUUUGACAAGCAGCGGGUUUUCCGUUCAAUUAAUGCAUAUCUUCCCUUCCCAACAACCUUAAGCUUAAGUUAUGCUUAUUUAUAUGAUCGUUCGUCUGGUCGGAGGCGUUCUGGAGACGCUAACCUCAAAGUGGCGCCAGUUGACUCUGCGACCUGAGCCGAAAGACUAGUUGGUGAUCC